AUGGCCUCCUCGGAACCCCACGACACACACUUUUCUGCCUCCCAAGUAGCAGCAGCAGCAGACGACGACGACGAAAGCCUCACGCCGCUUGAACAAGAAGUCCUAGAUGAAUAUGCACGAUUACUCGAGAACCUGAAUACAAUGUCCUCGCUGCUGCUCGCUCUCUCGGAUAAACCCAGCGCCGCUAUCCUCGACGGCCUGCGUGGCCUCGAGCGCAAAACGUCGCUUGUGUUUACGCUGCUCAAGGCGAGCGUGUAUAGUAUUGUGUUGAAUCAGCAGAUUGAUACGGAUCAGGAUGGGGGUGUGGGAGGAGAGGCUGAUGCGGAUGAUGGGGAGGGGUAUUGA